AAAUAAGGUAUGUAUAAUGGAGUGCAUGCAAUGUAAUAAAUCUUUCAGCAGUAAGCAGCGACUGCAAUACCAUCUUUCUAAAAAGGUUUGUCAAAAGACCGUAAGCACCCUUUGCGGUGACUGCGGCCGAGAGCUGUCCACCCUCCAAGCCUUACAAUAUCACCGUGAUAACAGGGUCUGUCUUAAGAACUGCUGCCGCCGCUGUGAUGAGCCCUUCUUUGAAGGGAACUGGCAUAAGUACCGCUGUCGCCGUUACCACCUCGACGGUAUUACCUGUGAAACCCACGGUGACAUAGCCGAACGCUGUUGCCCCCUUGAAACCUCCCGGGCGCUGACGAAGCGUAAGAAGGAAAUUGACCAAACCUUUGUAGGCUUUGACGAUGUUGAGGGCGUUAGAUGGGAGGACAGGGAACACUGGGAGGCUAUUUGCGAUCGCUGCGGCUGUCAACGGAGUGGACAACAUAUUUGGUGCUGUCUAUACGACGGACCACGUCCUUUAGACCAUUACCUGGCGGUACGAAAGGCUUGGAAAAAAGAAAAAGAUAUAUGAUACCUCAAAUUGCAGCAUUCAUAGGUGGAGCCUUAAUUACCGUAUCC